AUGUGCACCAGUACAUGUGCGAUAUGCAAAUUGCAUGAAGAAGUCCUCCCUGGGUGGAUGACCCACAUAAACCAAGAAUUUUCGAAGGAGUACUUUAAGCGUAUCUUAGACCACUUGCACACUGUACAAUUCUAUCCCAAGCCAGAGCAUAUAUUAAGAUGUCUUACGUAUACGGAGUGUACAGAUAUAAAAGUGGUCAUAUUAGGGCAGGAUCCUUAUCAUGGACAUAAUCAAGCAGAAGGUUUAUCAUUCUCUGUUGGUGAUGGGGUCCGGGUACCUCCGAGUCUGGCUAAUAUAAAGAAGGAGAUAUUCAAUUCGAUCGGUGUAAAUUCUGUGUGUAGUAAAGGGUCGCUUAUUAAAUGGGCUGAGCAGGGCGUACUUUUACUUAACACGAUCUUAACUGUGACCCGGAAUAAGCCACGGUCGCACUCCUCGAUCGGCUGGGUACGGUUUACCGAUGAAAUUAUAAGGAUAAUUAAUGAUACGUCAGAGGGUGUCGUAUUUAUGCUGUGGGGGAAGGAUGCCCAGAAGAAGAAGUUAUUAAUUGAUGGGGGCAGGCACUUUAUAUUAUGUGCACCUCAUCCGAGUCCAUUUAGUGCACGGACUGGGUUCUUUGGGUGUGACCAUUUCAAGAAGUCCAAUGAUUAUUUAGUGUCCUGUGGGAAGGAUCCUAUAAAAUGGUAA